AUGCCGCCUCCGAAAGACUCACUCAGAAUGCUGCAAAACUUAUCUUUAUCGCCAACCCUCAAUUCGGGCGAGAAUUCCCCAUUGAUCGCAGGCCGCUCUCCGUGUCCUACCCCGACCCGGGCCAAAAUGGAGUUCCUCACUCUCGUUGGCGCUUCGGCUUUUACGCCGAAGCAGGCCGAAGAGCUCAAGACGCGCAUCAACAAGCACGCUGCCGUCUCCAACAAGGUCGCCCACGUCGAGGGCAUCUGGAUGUACUACGUCCACCUCAAGAACAGCGACAACAACCUCAUUGUCCAACAGAAGUUGACAAAAUGGCUGGGCCUGCCCGACCAGACCACCGCCCAGAUUGCCGCCAACACCGACACUUCAAAGACGUAUUACAUUGCCCCGCGGAACAUCUCUCCUUGGUCUUCCAAGGGCACCAGCAUCACUCAUGUGUGCGGCCUGGUAAACCACAUUGACCGUAUUGAGCGUGGUAGAGCCAUCACCAUCACCUUCGAGCAGCCCCCGUCCGGUGAUGAAAUCGACUUCAAGGAUGUCGUCUAUGAUCGUAUGACCGAGACCAUCAGCCUGUCCCAACCUGACCUCUCCGCAAUGUUCAUUGAGGGCCAGAGAUAUCCUCUGGAAAUCGUCGACAUCUUCGGCUCCGAUGCCAACCCCGUGGACACCCUCAGGGCUUACAACAAGCAGUUCGGCCUCGCCCUGGAUGACUCUGAAAUCGAGUACCUCGUCGAGGUCUUCAAGCGUCUCGGAAGAAACCCCCAUGAUGUGGAGCUCUUCAUGUUCGCUCAGGUCAACUCGGAGCACUGCCGUCACAAGCAGUUCAAUGCCAACUGGACCAUUGAUCAGGUCCAGAUGGGCAACAGUCUCUUUGAAAUGAUCAAGAACACACACAAGUCUAACCCUGAGUACACUGUCUCCGCCUACAGCGACAACGCUGCUGUUCUCCAGGGUGAGACUGCCAACUUCUGGGCCCCUGACUACUCCACCGGUAGCUGGAAGCUCACCAAGGAGGUGGUGCACGUUCUCGUCAAGGUUGAGACUCACAACCACCCUACCGCCAUCUCUCCCUUCCCCGGUGCUGCUACUGGUGCCGGAGGUGAGAUUCGCGACGAAGGCGCCGUCGGUCGUGGCUCUGCUCCCAAGGCCGGCCUGUGCGGUUUCUGGGUUUCCGACCUGCUGAUUCCCGACGAGAACGCCCCCUGGGAGGUUGACUUGGGUAAGCCUGCCCACUUCGCCAGCAGUCUCGACAUCAUGCUCGAGGCCCCUAUCGGCAGUGCUCGCUUCAACAACGAGUUCGGUAGACCCUGCCUGCUUGGCUGCUUCCGUACUCUCCUCACCAAUGUUGGUAAGGAGGAGUCGCCCGAGUGGCGCGGUUACCACAAGCCCAUCAUGAUUGCCGGAGGUGUCGGAACUGUCCGCCCUCAGCACGCUCUCAAGGAGGUCGGUGACGUUCACGACGGCGCUCACGCCAUUGUUCUCGGUGGCCCUGCCAUGCUCAUUGGUCUUGGAGGAGGUGCCGCCUCUUCCAGCGCCUCGAACGAGGACACCGCUGAGUUGGAUUUUGCCAGUGUCCAGCGUGGCAACCCUGAGAUGGAGAGACGCGCCCAGAUGGUCAUUGACACUUGCGCUGCCCUCGGCGAGCAGAACCCCAUCGCCAUGAUCCACGACGUCGGCGCUGGUGGUCUUUCAAACGCCCUUCCCGAGCUGGUCAAGGACGCCGGCUUUGGCGGCAAGUUUGAGCUCCGACAGGUUCACUGCGCAGACAGCAGCAUGAGCCCCUUGCAGAUCUGGUGUAACGAGGCUCAGGAGCGAUACGUCUUGCUCGUCAACAAGGAGAACCUCAACCGAUUUGUCAGCAUCUGCCGCCGUGAACAAUGCCCCUUCUCCGACGUGGGAACUGUCGUCGCCAAGGACGCCGAGGGCAACGCCAAGCUGACCCUCAGCGACCGCGACUCCCCUGAGCACCCGAUGCCCAUCGACCUGCCCUUCGACGCCCUUUUCCCUCCCGGCCGCCGCCUGGAGCGUGUCGUCGAGUCCCGCAGACUGGACCUGCCGGCCUUCAACGCCGCUUCCGCCCUCACAGCAGCCGUCAGUGGCGAGGCCACCGAUGCCGCUCUCAUCACUGCCGCCACCGAGCGUGUCCUCCGCAUGCCCGCCGUCGGCUCCAAGUCCUUCCUCAUUACCAUCGGUGACAGAACCGUCGGCGGUCUCUCCGUCCGUGACCAGAUGGUCGGCCCCUGGCAGACUCCCGUUGCCGACUGCGCCGUCACCGCCACCUCCUUCAGCCUGGGUUCCAACACCCGCACUGGUGAGGUCAUGGCCAUGGGCGAGAAGCCUCAAUUGGCUCUCAUCUCCCCUGCCGCGUCCGCCCGCAUGGCUGUCGCGGAGAGUUUGCUCAACCUCGGUGCUGCCGACAUCCUCGGCAACCUGAGCCGCGUCAAGCUGUCCGCCAACUGGAUGGCCGCCGUCAACCACCCCGGUGAGGGUGCUGGUCUCUACGAGGCCGUCAAGGCCAUUGGUAUGGAACUUUGCCCCCAGCUCAAGAUUUCCAUCCCCGUCGGCAAGGACUCUACUUCGAUGAAGGCAUCCUGGAAGGACCGCGAGUCCGGCGAGGCCAAGAGCGUUACCGCGCCCAUGUCCGUCAUCAUCACAGCUGCUACCGUGGUUGAGGACGUACGCAACACCUGGACUCCCCAGCUUCGUCGUGUCGAGGACGUCGGUGAGACGAUCCUCAUGUACGUCGACCUCGCCGAGGGCAAGAAGGCCAUGGGCGGUUCCGCCCUGGCGCAAUCACUGGGACAAAUGGGCAACGAGGCACCGGACGUUCGCAACGUUGAUCUUAUUACAGACUACUUUGACGCUCUGCAGCAGCUCCACAAGAGCGGCGUUGUUCUCGCCUACCACGAUGUCUCCGACGGUGGUCUCCUGACUACCAUCGCCGAGAUGAUGUUCGCCGGCCGCUGCGGCGUGGACGUCAUGCUCGACGACAUCGCCAAGUCCGGCUCUUCCACCGAUAUCCUCGAGGCCCUCUUCCACGAGGAGCUCGGCGCCGUCUUCCAGGUGCGCAAGGAGGACGAGAUCAACUUCAAGCGUUGCUUCGCCACCUGCGGUCCCCCGCCCGGCCUUAUCCGCAAGUUCGGUGUUGUCAAGCCCAAGUCUAACCAGUCGCUCACGAUUCGCUACGGAGGAGCCGCACCUGUUGUCAGCUUGGACCGCGCCCAGAUGCAGCAAUGGUGGUCGAGGACGUCGUACGCCAUGCAGAAGGAGAGAGACGACCCGGCGUGCGCCGACAGCGAGUACGCCACCGUCUCCGACUCGACCGACCCUGGUCUGUCGUACAACCUCACCUUCAACCCGUCGGAGAACAUCAUGCCCCUGACGGCCACUCUGGGCAGCCUCGUCCGCAAGGCGCCUCGUGUGGCUAUUCUCCGCGAGGUCGGCGUCAACAGCCAUCGCGAGAUGGCCUUCGCCUUCAAGGCGGCCGGCUUCGACCCCAUCGACGUUCACAUGUCGGACAUUCUCGCUGGCCGGUCGCUGGCGGACUUCGUCGGUGUUGCAGCGGGCGGUGGCUUCUCGUACGGUGACGUCUUUGGCGCCGGUGUAGGCUGGGCCCAAUCCAUCCUCGAGCACAAGCACGCGCGUCAGGAGUUUGAGAGCUUCUUCAAGCGGCCCGACACCUUCGCCUUGGGCGUCUGCAACGGUUGCCAGAUGAUCACUCGCCUCAAGGAACUGAUCCCGGGAACCGAAAACUGGCCCACGUUCGUCGAGAACGCCAGCAGGCAGUUCGAGGCUCGCUUCACCAUGGUCAAGAUUGACGAGUCCCGCGCGGCGACGCCUUCCGUCUUCCUCAACGGCAUGAACGGCUCGUCCUUCCCCAUCGCCGUCUCACACGGCGAGGGUCGUGCCUCCUUCUCCAACCCCAACUCCCUUGAGGAGCUGGGCGGUGAGGGCCUCAUCCCUCUCAGGUACGUCGACAACCGCCUGCGCGUCGCAGAGCCGGAAAGCUACCCGUACAACCCGAACGGUAGCCCUGGCGGCGUGGCUGGUGUCAGGAGCAGGGACGGUAGGGUCUUUGCGCUCAUGCCUCACCCCGAGCGGACCAUCAUGGCGGACGUCGGCAGCUACGUUCCCCCGGAGCAGGUCGAGGCCUGGGGCGAAUUCGGACCGUGGAUCAGGAUGUUCAAGAGCGCCAGACGCUGGGUGGGCUGA